AAAAAAGAGAUUUUAGUGAAGUAGUAAAACAGACAACCCUACUGAAGCUGGAAUUUUCCAUGCUUUUCUCAGCGUGGAAGCCAACCACAAUGGUCUUCCCGUACCAUUUCCUUGUAAUCAUUACAAUAAUAAUAAUCAUAAUAUUUCAUUUUCUCUUUCCUUUUUUUUCCUUCUAUAUAUUUACCUCUUCUUUUGCAUGACAUAUUCAAUCAUACGUUAAAUUAUAUCCUCCCUAAUAACAUUAUUCUUCCUUCAACCUUACUCCUUGCUCUCCUCUCAUCUUCAUCUUAUCAAUCUCAUCGAGUUCGUCGAUCGAUAGUUCGACCAUUAGCCACUAAUAAUCAUCUCACAUUAACGAACUCUCGAUUGAUACUUCGAGUAUUAGAUACAUGUCUAUGGAUUGUUCGAGCUUACAACGGCACCAGGAAGCAAUGGCCUCACAAUCGCUAGACAGCAUGUUGAUGUGCACAAAACCCGAAAACGGCAGCCAACAAUCUCAACAAGAGAAGAAACCAAGGCCAGCAGAUGAGCAAGCAAUGAAAUGUCCUAGAUGUGAUUCAACAAACACCAAAUUUUGUUACUACAACAAUUACAGCCUCACUCAACCAAGGUACUUUUGCAAGUCUUGUAGAAGGUAUUGGACAAAAGGCGGUACCCUAAGGAAUGUACCGGUUGGAGGAGGGUGUAGGAGGAACAAAAGAUCUUCAUCAAUGUCGAAACGAGGUACUAGCUCAUCGGAUUGUCACCUCCAAGUACCCGAACUCAUGAUCACAAACCCGACUUCUUCAUCGUCGCAAAGCUUGCUCUCACCCUUAUGCUCCUAUGAUCAAACCCUAGCUCUUGCUCAUCAGGGAAACCUUUCUAUUUUGGGAAACCAUGGGAAUGGUCAUUUUGACCUUUUUGGUAACCCUAGUGGUAAUAAUAAUAAUAGCAACUUUCUUGAUACACUAAGAAGUGGUCUCAUUGAGAAUAAUAGUAACCACUUCUUGUACUAUGGUCAUGAAGGAAAUGGUGCCAAUUUCAGGGAUGUCCGAGGGACAAACAAUAAUGUUGAUGUUCAUCAUAGCCAUGAGGAUCGUCAUGAACUUGCUAUGAAUUUUGUUAGUCAUAGCAAUAAUCGCGACAUUAUGAGUAAUGCUUCUUCGGGUUCUUCAACACCCGAAAUUAAGCAUGAAUUUGGUGGUGACAACAAAAUCUUAUGGGGUCUUCCUUGGCAACUUAAUGGUGAAAGGAAUUACAUGAUGAAUGGUGGAAACAUCAAUGAGAUUGAUACACUCAAAGAAAGCUGGAAUAGUGCUAUUGUUGGUUCUACUUGGAACAAUCUUCUUAAUAGUCCUUUAAUGUAGUUCUUAGAUUUUUAUAAACUUAAAUUAUAACUUGAUAUUUUGGAGAGCUAAAAGGAGAGGAACUCAUAUUUUUAGUUUCUCUCUUGCUAAUAUGGGUGAUUUUUUUUUCUUUAGUCGCUUCACUAAAUACUUAGUCUUUGGUUUUUUAACUUCUUUUGGAAUACCUUAGUUUUGUCUAGGGGUUUUUUUGUUGGAUUGUCUUGGUUGGUAAGCUAAGGUGAUGUAAUGAAGUUCAAGAUUUAUAUUCUAAUUAAUGUUGCAAGUAUUUCUUUGCCACUUUA